AUGUUGGGCUUGGUGAUAGAUGUUGACUUGGAUCAUAUCGAGGAUGAUCUGACCUAUCCAAAAGUCGGAUGGUCCUUUCUUCAGAAAGCCGAGAAUAAACUGGCCGAUAUCUGGACAAUGCUAAUUGACAAGGUCAUAUUGUCCAGUUUUCGUGGAAAACCGUAUAUCAAAGAUACUGACUGGCAAGUUGAGACCUGUAUGGCAUAUCUGAAUGCGGGAGUUACCCGCAUUAAAUCGGCCUUCGCUGGUUUGCCUGGUCGAGGCACCAAGGUCACGGGCAUUCGAUAUGUCAAUACUGAGCUAGCCAUACGCAAUUUUUUCUUUCGCGGAGGCCGAAUGAUUAUCAUCAGCUAUAGCAAAGCUCGAGUAUCGAAUAACUGCGCUUUCUACAUCGUUCAUUACCUUACUCCCAACUUUAGUUUAAGCCUGUUGAAGUAUCUCGCCAUCAUGCAGCCAACUUUGAGUUUCAUAGCGCAACAGCUCAAGAUACCUUACAAUCUAGACAACAAAUGCUUAUUCCCAGAUCCUUGUGGGAAACGAAAGCACCUUAGCUCUGCACAAGCUUCCGAAAUCCUCAAAGAUCUAACCCAGAAUCUCCCUACACCAUGGACCUUAUCCUCGUAUAGACGGGCAUCCCUUGCUAUCGCUAAGCACUAG